GUGAUCUUCGGGCCCAUGUUCUCCGGGAAGAGCACGGAGCUCAUGCGGCGCGUGCGGCGCUUCCAGCUCGCCCAGUACCGCUGCCUGCUGGUGAAGUACGCCAAGGACACGCGCUACGGCACCGCCGGCCUCUCCACGCACGACAGGAGCACCAUGGAGGCGCUCCCCGCCUGCCUCCUCAAGGACGUCUACCAGGAGGCGCUCAGCUCGGCCGUCAUCGGCAUCGACGAGGGGCAGUUCUUCCCAGACAUCGUGGACUUCUGCGAGAUGAUGGCCAACGCCGGGAAGACUGUCAUCGUCGCAGCUCUUGAUGGGACCUUCCAGAGAAAGGCUUUUGGGAACAUCCUGAACCUGGUGCCGCUGGCAGAGAGCGUGGUGAAGCUAAACGCUGUGUGCAUGGAGUGCUACCGAGAAGCUUCCUACACAAAAAGGCUGGGAGCAGAGCGGGAGGUUGAAGUGAUUGGAGGAGCAGACAAGUAUCAUUCUGUCUGCCGUGCCUGCUACUUCCGAAAGAAACCUCACCAGCCUGGGUCAGAAAACAAGGAGAACAUGCCCAUGGGACCGAAGCAGCUGGACGCGGCUGCUGCCCGCAAGAUCUUUGCUUCGUGACUGCUGAGCUCC